AUGGCAGCCGCCUGUGCGAGAACUAUCGGUAAGGUCGGCUGGAACAUUUUGGAGUCUCCAGCAUGUCGUGCUGGGAAUAUUGCCUCCCUGGUUCCAAGGGUCUCGCUGCAUGGAUCGAGCAGGGCAUACGGUACGGGCGUUGCAGGAUUCCGAUCCAAAUUGCUCUUCACCCCUCUGCGCGUUGGCCGGGUCCUGGGGUGUGCGUACCUGGUUGGAGGGGGACUUGGCUUGUAUCAAACAAUACAGUUAUCUGUCCAACAUCACCUUGCUGAAGAAGAAGGCAAGGUAAUGGGCAAUAAUAUUAGCUAUGAAAAGUAUUUUCAUUAAUUGCCAUGUAGUUUACCUUAAGCAAAGGAUGUCAGGUGGAUUUUUGUCAGCUGACAACCUGUCUGUGGUUUGCCUAAUAAAUCAGACCGUGUACACAAUGGAAAGCAUCGCCACAUUCGGGACUACUGGCUGGUGUGCUUUUGUCAUGUAGUUUGCACAAUGUUACAUCCAGGUUCAACUAAAUGUUCCAUUGUAAAUGUAUAUACAGUUAAUGAAAUUGACUUUUUCCAACUUAUAUGUCUUCCACAGGCUUAUUCUGAUGGUGACCUGAAAUUGACACUGUACCAGUACAAGACCUGCCCAUUCUGCAGUAAAGUGCGAGCUUUUCUGGACUACCAUCGGCUUCCAUAUGAGAUUGUGGAGGUCAAUCCCGUCAUGAGGAAGGAAAUCAAGUGGUCAAUUUACAGAAAAGUGCCAAUCCUAAUGGUGAACGAUGAUGUGGUAAGGGGGACAGAGUCACUCUGCAUGGCUUGGUAUUAGCUAGCAGAUCCGACCCGCAUGUUUACAGCUGCACUAGGGUCAGAAAGGCUUCCUGUGUAAAUUAAGACACAGUGGAGCCUGCGUGAGAUAUAUGGCUGGGAAAACGUACCUCAUUCCAGGGAUGAGAAAUGCGUUCUCCGAAUAGUCCCAUUAUCCUAACUGUUACAAUGAGAAGAUUGAAGACUGCUAGUUUUUCCGGAAAACGGUCCUUUCGUCCUCAUGCUAGGUAGCAGAAGCCACAGCAGCCAUUUUGAAAUGGCAGUGUCAGCCAAUCAGCUCCUUUGUUGUUCAACAUGACAUGCCAUUCCAUAAUGGCUACUGCUAGUUAGCAUGAGGACAAAAAACUAGCAGUCGUUCAAUCUUCUCUGUGUAACAGUGGGGAUAAUGGGACAAUUCGGAGUACAUAUCUCGCGCCGGCUCCGCAGUGUCUUAAUCUACACAGGAAGCCUGUCUGACCCUAGUGCAGCUGUAAAAAGUGGGUCGGAUCUGCUGGCUAGGUUUGGUAUUAGUUACAGGCGUAUGGGAUGAUGGAAAACUUGUUGUGUGAUCGCUCUCUCCUUCUGUGCUCUUGACCUAUCAGCAACUGAACGAUUCCUCAGUAAUAAUCAGCGCUUUGAAGACACAGUUGAUAAGCAAGUAAGUAGCUACCUCCCGAGAAAUGUUCUUGUUGUUUUUUUACAUAAAGUGGUCCUUGAUCAUGGUAACUAUGCAUUCUGAAUUCUCUAUCUCUUCCUGCAGGGAAACCAUCUCAGAGAUUCUGCGCUGUUACCCAGAGAUGAAAGCUGUCAAUGAGAAGGGGAAGGAGGUGACAGAGUUCAACAACAAGUACUGGGUAAUGGUGAAUGAAGCUGAAGGUCAGACGAUGUACCCAGAGAAAGACUCCAGAAAGUAGGUGAACACCUUGGAUGCCAAAUUACUGCUGCCCAUAAUAAUGACAAAAUUCUUAGUGCAUGGGUCACUAAUGAAAAUUCAUGGAUCUGUCCAAACCUCUCUAAAGACACUGUGCAUCACUACUCUUUUUAGAUUCUGUCAAGCGUCAGCUAGGCUUAAAUGUCCCUUUCUCUUCCCCUUCAAUCUGCUUCAGAGAGGAGAUCAAAUGGCGUAAGUGGGCAGAUGAUUGGCUGGUUCAUCUGAUCUCGCCCAAUGUGUACCGGACCACUGGAGAGGCCCUGGCCUCCUUUGACUAUAUUGUCCGCGAGGGCAAGUUUGGCACUUAUGAGGGCUUCUUUGCUAAGUAUGUUGGAGCAGCUGCCAUGUUUGUCAUCUCAAAAAGACUGAAAAGUAGGUGGGUGACAAAAUAUUUUUUGUAUGAUUGUCUGCUAUAUAACCAGCCAAUAAUGUUUAGUGAUGAGCUCUGUUUAAAUUGAAUGCCUCUAUCCUGCAGACACAACUUGCAGGAUGACGUGAGACAGGAUCUGUACAAGGCAGUCAAUGACUGGGUGGCGGCCAUUGGCAAGAAGAAGUUCAUGGGUGGAGACCAGCCAAAUCUGGCUGACCUGGUAAGAGCAUCACAUCUGUCAUGUGAAGUAUUAUCUUACACUUCUUGAACUUGUAUUGUCUACUUUGUCUCAGAUGCAGAUUUCAUGAUGAGACUAUUUGUUUAUAAUAGCCAAAGUGUUUUGUUGAUUUAUGUCCUUGACUCUCUUCUCCUCUCUGCAGGCAGUGUAUGGGAUCCUAAGAGUGAUGGAGGGUCUUGAGGCCUGGGAUGACAUGAUGGAGAACACCAAGGUGAAGAGCUGGUACAGAUGCAUGGAGAAAGCUACACAAAGCCACGAGGACCACAACUGA